AUGCUCGCUGAGACACCUAUUGUCAAUCCCAAGCGAUUUAGAGCAGUUUUGCUAUCAUCAGCUUGUAUUUUGGCGCUUUCUUGGCCGAAUGCUUGUAAGGCGGCUCAAAUCAAUGUAAUUCCGGAUGGUUUCCCGAUCCCCAGUCCAUCAAAAGUUCAGCCGACCUUCUAUGAGACGAAGGAGCAAACCUUUGACAGCAAACAAAGAGAUACAUUUGACGACGAUCCUCUGUUUGGUUCCCAUGUUUCGAGCAUGGAAUCCAAACCACCAUCCCAAGACACAGAUGAUCAGAUGGCGAGCUUGAUGAAGAAACAGUUACACAUGGCAAGGAACCAGCUACAAAGAGAGAUGAACAUGAUGCAAAACAAUGAGCAAUCAGCUCCAGCCGCCUGGAACCACCAGAUGGGCUAUCCGUACUACCCAUACAACAACCCAUAUUUCUGUCAACCGACGAAUGGGCAAUACAUGAUGCAUCCGAACCAGUUCCAGUACCCGCCAUUCGCUCCUCCUCCCGCUCUGUCUCUGCGGGAAGCUCUUAUGAACUCCAAAAGUUCUCACGGGCAGCCUCCAGACGAUCGAGGUUAUAUGAACAUGGGAGGCAACUAUAUGAGAGGUGCAGCGAUGCUCAAGGCAGCGACCAGCAUGGGUCAACAGAACCUCUUGGAUGAAGGCUAUUACGUCGAAUCCGAUCCCUCCGAAGAUGUGGAAGCAAGAUUCCGUGCACUGGCUUCUAGAGGCCGAACAAGUUCAGGUCGACGUGCUAGACAAUCUGGGUAUGCAAAUAGAAAUCGCUUUUUCGACGCUUCAGAUAUGGAUGAGUUCCAUGAUGUAUCUCUCUCCCCGCAAUUCUCGUCACGAGGAUCUCGAGGAAGGAAGCCGCGAGGCUCCUCAUCCAGAGCUCUCACGUUUGGGCGUACUUCAGGGAGAAAACCCCAGGAGCCCAUGUUGAGAGACGUGACUUCGGAAGACUUAGCCACGUCUGGUGGCAACGAUCCGAUCCAGAUCCUGCGUGAACUGAACAGCAAGAAGUCGCCGAAGGAUUUUGAUAAGUUGAUCCUCGAGCACUUCUCCAAGAAAGAGAGCACACCAGAGGAGUCGAACGAGGACUCUUGGCUCAACGAGCUCCAUGAAUCACUUGACAAGAUCGGGGAUGAACCUGAGAAAGAUUCAGCGCUGGUCAAGGAAAAAGGAGCGCAGGGGGGUGCACGAAAGAGCAAGGGGAUCAAGCCGGAGGAGCAAGAAAGCAACCAAGCAGCUACAGACGGAAAAGUCGACAAGCAGAAGCUCGAGCGCGCCUCGCGCGGCUUCGGCUCCUUCCCUCCGGCCUCCCUCCGGCGGAAAGAAGCCUGCCGCUCGAGGAAAGCUCGCCAUGCCAGCUGCGACGCCAAGGGGAAGAAAGACAGCUGCUGUCUCGGAGGCACCAAGCAGCUCCGAGGAAGGAGGCAGCACCAGCUUGAGCCGACCAGCACCACGGAGAGGGCGGGCAGCAGGGGCACGAGGAAGAGCAGGAGCGAGCGCCAGGGGGAGGAAAGCGACGAGCGUGAGAGGGAGGGUGGCGAAGGCAGGGCAAGGGGGGAGGACGGCGAAGGCAACGAGCACAAGGGGGGCGAGGACGACGAGGAGUACAGGAGGGGCGAGGAACAAGGGCGGCGCGAGAGAUUCGAUGCCUCGCACAAGAGCCGCACAAAGCAGAUCAAGCAGAAGCUCGAGCGCGCCUCGCGCGGCUUCGGCUCCUUCCCUCCGGCCUCCCUCCGGCGGAAAGAAGCCUGCCGCUCGAGGAAAGCUCGCCAUGCCAGCUGCGACGCCAAGGGAAAGAAAGACAGCUGCUGUCUCGGAGGCACCAAGCAGCUCCGAGGAAGGAGGCAGCACCAGCUUGAGCCGACCAGCACCACGGAGAGGGCGGGCAGCAGGGGCACGAGGAAGAGCAGGAGCGAGCGCCAGGGGGAGGAAAGCGACGAGCGUGAGAGGGAGGGUGGCGAAGGCAGGGCAAGGGGGGAGGACGGCGAAGGCAACGAGCACAAGGGGGGCGAGGACGACGAGGAGUACAGGAGGGGCGAGGACGACGAGGAGCUCAAGUGUGAAGGCGGAGGGUGA